GUAGGCCAAAGGCGGAGGAGCAGGCUAACGGGCUAAAGGCCCAUACAGAUUGUAAAGCUUCACUCCAAAUUGGGUUUUUGAGGUUUUCGUAAUGGUACCACCAAAUAAUGCUGUGAAUCAGAAUGUACAACCACCUUCUGCACAAUACCCUUUUCAACGUAGUUCCGCCCAGUCGCCCGUUACCACCGCACUCUAAUUCGGAAAAUUCGCUAGUGAGAGUGAGAGUGAAACCCCUGAGCUGCCUCCAGAUGGACGGCUGCGGAUUGGACUCCGAUGGCCGUCAAUUCAAAAACGCGGAGGAGAUGUGGCGGGAAGAGGUGGGGGACGGCGACCCCCUGAAGAAAUCCCAGUGGUACUCCGACGGCGUCGGCUAUUGGCAGGCUGUUGAAGCAACGGUGGACGGAGUUCUGGGAGGGUAUGCGCAUGUGAACGAACCUGAUAUUGAGGGUAGUGAGGCAUUUUUGAAUUCCGUUUUGGCCGAAAGAUUUCCCGAUGCCGGCAGAGGAAGGCGUCUUGUUGCUCUUGAUUGUGGCUCGGGGAUAGGACGAGUCACCAAGAACCUUCUCAUAAGAUAUUUUAACGAGGUUGACCUUCUUGAACCCGUUUCACAUUUUCUAGAUACUGCCCGCGUAAAUUUGGCAUCAGAAAAUUUGAUGGUCACAGAGGAGUAUAAGGCUGUCAACUUCUUUUGUAUCCCGCUUCAGGAAUUCACUCCAGAGGCAGAAAGGUAUGAUAUUAUUUGGGUUCAGUGGUGUAUCGGACAUCUUUCAGAUGACGACUUCGUGUCGUUCUUCCAGAGAGCAAAGGCUGGUCUGAGACCCGGUGGACUUUUUGUUUUGAAAGAGAACAUUGCAAAAAGUGGUUUUGUUCUGGAUAAACAAGACAGAAGCAUUACACGAUCGGACUUGUACUUCAAGCAGCUAUUUAAUAAAUGUGGACUGCAUGUUUAUAAAAUGAAGGAUCAAAAAGGAUUUCCUGAUGAAUUAUUCGCGGUAAAGAUGUACGCAUUGACAACCGAGUUGCCAACAAAGCGAGUCACAACUGAGUUGCCAAAGAGAGUCAACAGUUCCAGAUCUAAAAGACAUGUAAACAGACCUGCCAUCAUCAAAUGAGAUUUGUUCACUCUCAAUUACUUUUUCAGCUCAGUCAGUUAAUUACAGAUUUUUGUGUGUAUUCUUACAAUAUAAACUUUGAUUUUUUUUUUUUUA